AUGAAUGCAGCAGCGGAAGGUUUAUCACAGGUAUCCAAGGGCCAAUCGCCCAACUGGAAAUCCCUGAUCUUAUCCGAGAGCAACAUCGACAGAAUUACAAAGAAAUUCUCCCAAAUGAGAGGUGCUGCUCUCAAAAUAGGCCAAAUGAUGUCUUUCCAGGACGAAAAAAUACUGCCAAGGGAAUUGUAUGAGAUCUUAUCCCGGGUUCAAAACAGCGCCAAUUAUAUGCCCAGAAGACAGCUAGAAAAAGUCAUGACAAAAGAAUUGGGUGAUAAUUGGGAGGCAAAAUUUAAAUCUUUUGAUAAGAUUCCAAUAGCAGCUGCUAGUAUUGGCCAGGUUCAUAAUGGUGAACUGCUAGACGGUACUAAAAUUGUUGUUAAAGUACAAUACCCAGGUGUUAAGGACUCUAUUGAUUCUGAUUUAAACAAUCUGCUUCUUCUGCUAACUGCUUCACGUCUUUUACCUAAAGGUCUUUUCCUAGAUAAGACAGUUGCAAACGCCAGAACUGAAUUAAAAUGGGAAUGUGACUAUAUAAGAGAAGCAAAAGCUUUGCAAAGGUUCGAACUUUUGCUAAAGGACGACCCGGUAUUUGUUGUGCCCCAUGUAUAUGAAGAAUUUACAACUGAAAAUGUUCUCACAAUGUCCAGAAUGGAAGGUACUGAAAUAAUGAACUUGAAGAAUGAAAGUAACUCACAAGAAAUUAGAAACUUUAUUUCUGAAAAUAUUAUGAGACUAUGUUUGGAAGAAAUUGCAGUCUUUGAAUUCAUGCAAACUGAUCCAAAUUGGGCGAACUUCUUGUAUAACGCAAAAACAAACAAGAUCGAGCUACUUGAUUUCGGCGCUUCUAGACCAUUCCCCUCAGAUUUCAUUAAGAAAUAUAGAAAAUUAUUAACAUAUGCUACUCAAGAAAAUCGAGCAGGUGCGUAUGAAAUGUCCAAAGAACUUGGCUACCUAACUGGUCUAGAAUCCCAAAGUAUGAAAGAUGCUCAUGUAGAUAGUGUUAUGACUCUUGGUGAACCUUUCAGAGGGUCUGUUGAAGAUGUAUUUGAUUUUGCUAACCAGACUGUCUCCGACAGAAUCAGAGGAAAUAUCGGUCUAAUGGUUAACGAAAGACUAUGCCCCCCACCAGAAGAAACAUAUUCAUUGCACAGGAAGUUCAGUGGUAUAUUUCUUUUAUGUGCAAGAAUGGAGGCAUCGGUACAUUGUGCAAAGCUUUUCUCUAAAUAUUUUGCAUUGAAGGAAUGA